UUGAAUAGGCAAUAAAAUAUGCAUUUAGCAGAAUUUCGCCAUUGUUUUAGUAUCUUACUCAAGUACACGUGCCUGUAAACAUCCAAAGGGGUGUCAAGGUUGGCUAAUGCGUACUACUAGAUGGCAAAGUUGGAGCUAACGAUAAUCCGUAGUUGGCAAACUUGGUGAACAUUUGCUUCCACAUCUCGGAAAAAGUAUACAUUCGUUUGGGGCUGUCGUGUUUUGUUAAUGAAGCUUCCCACCAAAUAUGUUUCCUUGAUUGCCAUUUCUUUUUGUUCCUGUUACGUAGCAAGGUCGACAAACUGCUGUUACGUUGCACCUAGCAAAAUGUCCAUUACAUGCUAUCGGGAGUGGAAUUUCCUCAUCUACAAGUUAGCUAGCUGCGUGGUUAUGCAAACCAAUGAACAAUCCUUCAGUUCUAAUUAAUAUGAUUUAAAAUGUUGCGUCUCUUACAGCGCUCCUGGUUUACCACACCAUCCAACACAGAGCCAUGUUGACAGCGCAGAAGGCGUGUGCGUCCUUGGCCGCCCAGCGACUAUUGGGGGCUUCGCGUCCAGUCGCUCCCAUUCUGGACACUUACCAGCGCAGACGUUUCCGAACCGCUAUGGCACGGCGCGAUGAGAUGAAGCUGCACGAAAGCUGGGCUAACCUGGCCAAGAAGCAGCUGAAAGGGAAGAACCCAGAGGACCUGAUCUGGCGCACACCGGAGGGCAUCUCUAUCAAGCCUGUGUACACAAAAGUCGACUCGACGGAGAGUGCCGAUGAACUCCCAGGGGUGUUCCCAUUCACUCGGGGACCCUACCCCACCAUGUACACGUCUAGGCCCUGGACGAUUAGACAGUAUGCCGGCUUCAGCACAGUGGAAGAAAGUAACAUGUUUUACAGGGACAACAUCAAAGCUGGCCAGCAGGGUCUCUCUGUGGCAUUUGACCUCCCCACUCACCGCGGUUACGACUCAGACAACCCGCGUGUCCAUGGCGACGUGGGCAUGGCCGGUGUGGCCAUCGACACAGUGGAGGACAUGAAACUGCUCUUCGAUGGCAUUCCCCUAGAGAAGAUGUCUGUCUCCAUGACGAUGAACGGCGCGGUCAUCCCCGUACUGGCCAUGUUCAUUGUCACCGGCGAGGAGCAGGGAGUGGCCAAGGAGAAGCUGACCGGCACCAUUCAGAACGAUAUCCUCAAGGAGUUCAUGGUGCGCAACACCUACAUCUUCCCCCCUGCGCCCUCCAUGCACGCCAUCGCAGACAUAUUCGCCUACACCUCCCAGAACAUGCCCAAGUUCAACUCCAUCUCGAUCAGUGGGUACCACUUGCAAGAGGCUGGAGCAGAUGCCAUCCUGGAGCUGGCCUACACCAUUGCCAAUGGGUUGGAGUACUGCAGAACAGGGCUGACAGCUGGUCUGACCAUUGAUGAGUUUGCACCCAGGUUAUCCUUCUUCUGGGGCAUUGGCAUGAACUUCUACAUGGAGAUUGCCAAGCUGAGGGCUGCAAGGCGGCUGUGGGCCACGCUGAUCGAAGAGAAGUUCCAGCCCAAGAACGCCAAGUCAUUGCUGCUGCGGACCCACUGCCAGACCUCAGGAUGGUCCCUCACUGAACAGGACCCAUACAACAACGUGGUCCGCACGGUCAUCGAGGCCAUGGCGGCCGUGUUCGGCGGCACCCAGUCCCUCCACACCAACUCCUUUGAUGAGGCGCUGGGCCUUCCCACCGUCAAGAGUGCCCGCAUCGCCCGCAACACCCAGAUCAUCAUCCAGGAGGAGUCCGGCAUCCCCAAGGUAGCGGACCCAUGGGGCGGCUCUCACAUGAUGGAGGCCCUCACUGAUGAUGUCUACAACGCUGCACUGAAGUUCAUCAGCGAGAUUGAGGAGAUGGGAGGCAUGGCACGGGCAGUGGCAGAGGGCAUCCCCAAACUCCGCAUCGAGGAGUGUGCAGCUCGAAGACAGGCACGCAUUGACUCAGGGUCAGAGGUCAUUGUCGGUGUGAACAAAUACCGUCUGCAGAAAGAGGAGACGGUGGAGGUGUUGGCAAUCGAUAACACCAUUGUGCGCAAUAAGCAGAUUGAGAAACUUCAGAAGGUGAGAGAGACUCGUGACCCUGAGGCUGUGAAGAGAUGCUUGACGGCCAUCGAGGAAUGUGCUCGCACCAAGGAUGGCAACCUCUUGGGGCUGGCUGUGGAGGCCGCCCGGACAAGGUGUUCCGUGGGAGAGAUCACUGACGCCAUGAAGACUGUAUUCGGAGAACACAAGGCCAGCACACGCAUGGUGAGCGGAGCCUACCGCAGCGAGUUCGGGGAGCUGGAGGAAAUCUCCGUAACCCACAAACGGGUUGUGGACUUCAAAAGCCACGAGGGCAGAAACCCGCGUCUCCUGGUGGCCAAGAUGGGGCAGGACGGCCAUGACCGGGGGGCAAAGGUCAUCGCCACGGGAUUCGCUGAUCUGGGCUUUGAUGUUGACAUUGGACCACUCUUCCAGACGCCCUUGGAGGUGGCGCAGCAGGCAGUGGACGCUGAUGUGCACUGUGUCGGGGUCAGCACGCUGGCGGCUGGGCACAAGACCCUCGUCCCCGAGCUCAUCAAGGAGCUGAGGAACAUGGGCCGCCCGGACAUCCUGGUCAUCUGCGGCGGAGUCAUCCCACCCCAGGACUAUGAAUUCCUGUACGAGAGUGGGGUGUGCUGCAUCUUCGGGCCGGGAACCAGAAUCCCGCAGGCAGCUGUGGAGGUCGUCGACAGCAUCGAGAAAAGUCUGGAGAAGAACCGACAGGCCAUGUAAACAAGCGGGCUAUUUUUAAACGGGUGGAAUUUGCUGUGGCCUUUUAACACGAGUGUUUAGGGAAAAGUUUGAGUUUUUUGUAUGUAACAUCAGGGGAUGAAACAGUAAUACUGAGGCUGCUGUAAACUUUCUUCUUUCCACUGAUCCAAAUCCACACUCUGUAGUCAUCAUGAGGAUACACUGAAUAUGCUGUUUGUUCUAAACUCUCUCAUACAUGAAGACUCGGUGUUGCUCUUUGUAAUUCUUAAUAUUAUGCUUGAAAGUGCUUUUUGAUACAGUUGAGGAUUUUCUGUGUUUGAUGUCAAAAUUAGACAUGUCUUUAAGGCCAGUUCUCUUCAGCUCCACAACAAAACAUUUCUUGUACAGCAACUUGACAUAAGAUCAGAUGAUGAUCAUAAGAUCAUAAGAAGGUGCCCUCUGCCGUGGGUUUAGUGGGGCAGUCGCUGCGGAGAAAGAGAGUUGCUUUGGUCAGAUUAAAAAAAGAAUUGAGUCUGCGCUUUAUCAUUGUGUGGAGGCUAGGCAGAGACGACCAGUGCCCCGCGGAGUCGUUGUGUCCUGUGAUUCCUGGCUUAUGUCUGUGUGUGUGUCCACUCGUCUGGGGAAGGGAAUGGCGGGUGAAAGCCGUGAGUAAUAACGAGAGGCAAUUCUCUCUAUCCGUCUCCCUCGCUCUGUCACCCUCUCUUUCACCUUUCCUUUCUCUCUCUUUUCCUCUCCCCUCCGGCUCGUUGUCUGGCUGACUCACCAACUGCCUCACUUGUGUGCUUUGUGUUUGUCUGCCCCCCCUCCCUCCCAUCUCUGACCCCCCCCACACUUUCUUAAACUCUCUCACACUCUCUCUUGCUCGCUCUCUCUCUCUCUCUCUCUCUCUCUCUUCCUCCUCCUUGUCUGUGUGCCUCGCCCCCCUUUGUGGGAACCCCUGGAAAGAUAAUACAGUGAUGUCCCACACCACAGCUGAGUCUGAUGUCCUGUUUAUAAUACAGUGAUGUCCCACACCACAGCUGAGUCUGAUGUCCUGUUUGUACAAGACCUGGCCUCAGUCAGUCAUAUUCAUUGACUACUUUUCCCCCUUUCUUCUUCUUCUUCGUCUUCGUCUUCCUCCUCCAUCAUCUCCUCUUCAGAACCUCAUGACCCAAUGGCUUCCGCCACCUAUUAAAACAUCUGGGUCUGAUCUGUGUCAGGCCAGAACCACACCAGGUCUAGUCCGACCGCUUUCAGCAUCAACCUCCCUAAUGUGUUUUGUGUUUAACUAUUUAGAAUAGCACUAACUCCUCUCAUGUUGAUAGCUGUCAGGAGUGUCAGUGUUCCCAGUGCCUUUUUCCUAACCUGCCACUUCUCUCUCACUCUCCUGCCUGACACAUCGGAAGGGUCAUGUCGGGACAUAUCUUUAGUGGCUGACUAUUGAGGAAAAAGGAAUCUUUUGGGGAUUUAAGAUCAAUCAAAUAACAACUUAAGACUUCAAUAUUACUGACCACCUGUGCUGUACUGUCUUUGAAAAGCUCUUAGACCCACCCCCAUCGAUGUGACUUGUCUACAACAACCUUUAUGGUAUCGAUUUGCGAUAGAAUGGCAAAGCCAGGGUUGCUCAAGUCAGACAAAGCCGUAAGAUCAAGACACAUUGACAAGCUAAUGGAGAAACAAACAUUGGUAUUCUGACAAUGCACUGUUAAGAAUAAUAGCUUCUUUAAAGACCCUUAUUUUCUUAACUUAACUGCCCAAGUAGGUUGUCCAUCUCAAAGGAGAGAGGAGUGUUAGUAAGAUGGAGAGUGUCUGCUCUAUAUUUUGUGUAAAUUAGUGAAUCUUCAUGAGCAGUCUUGCUACUGGGCUCCAUUUUCCUCAUUCUUAGGCGAGACCUAAGGAGUCUGUUCUGACUACGUGUGACUAUGUGGAGGGCAAUCUUUUUAGAAGAAGGGAGAGAGGGUUUCAAAGGGUUUGGAGCCUGUGUGUGUCUCUCUCUGUGUUUGUGUGUGAUUUGGUCAGAUCAGUUAAUGAUUCAUUCACUUUGCAGGAGGGAAAUUAUUAAUCACCUCAACUUUCCACAUGAUUUGAUUGUUUAAGUUUUUUCCUUUGUAUUAAAAUGUAUUCAAUAUCACUGGUAGUGUGAGAUAUCAAGAAAACUCCAAUUUAGAGAUGGUGAGAGAAAACUUUUGAGUAGAUUGUAAAAAAAAAAAAAUCAAAGGUGUCUUGUUUUCAUGACUUAAAAUGCAUCUGAAUAAAUAUUUGAACACAAGGAAAAAA